GUUGCCAGAAGCAUCAGAUAUAUCGACUGACUCCUUCCAAAUUAAUAUCAAUAGUAUCGGUAUUUUGUGUAACCAAUACUUACAGCUCAAUCCUUUUUUAUCGCUCAAGAAUAUAAAACUAGACAAAAGUUUCCGAAUCACGUUCCAACUUAUUACAAUUAUUACAACCAACAAUCAUUGAAUUGAACAAAGAUUGAUCUGACGCAUUGAUGCAAAGUACCCAUCUCAGUAAGUCCAGUAACUGGUCUGUUCGUUUACUGUAAACUGUGAAGGUGAAAUCAACAUUAUUAUUUGUUAUUUAUAGAGUCCAUCUUAACACCUAAGUUGCAUCAAACUAUAAAUAAGCUACUAAUUUCUAUGCCAAUAUAUUUCAUUUGGUGAUUGAAAUUGACAAGAAACCCAAUCCUAUCAUGAAGAAAAACUGGACUAACCCAACCAACCGCAAUGGCAACUGCAACCUCUUCUUGGAUGAUUCUGGUUAUGCCUUAUGUCUUAUACCAUCGUAAUAACAAUUAUAAUUCAUGGUUAGUCACUUCAUGUAGUAUCAUCAUACCUUGUUCAUCACAUCAAACCCCUAAUCAGUGACAAAAUAUCCGUACUUAAAGCCCUGGAAGCUCUGAAAAUGCCUCAAAUAUAAAUGAGUUUACCCCGACUACAGGAAAAAGUACCGAAUCUAUUUUCUUGCUUUAUAGCAAUAUCAUCAUCACUAUCAUCCUACGGAUUUUCAUGUUAAAUUCAAGAGACGAAAAAUAUUUGAGUUUACAUACAAAGCCAUCCAACUUAAAUUAAUCAGUGUCUCAACCAGCUUUACCCAAACGAGUUAUGUCUUAUCAAAUAAAGUUAUGGACGAUUGAUCAGCAAUGAGUUUAGCUGUCCUGAGCUGUUAACAAAUAAACGCAAUUUUUGUUUUAAAAUAUUAGUUUAUUUUCAUCUGUGCGAGAAAUAACAUUCAAAAUGAUUCGGCCCAGUGGAUUGACUUUGAAGUCAGUCGUGUUUUUUUCUAUGUGUUUAUAUAUUGUUAAUUGUGGAUUCACAAAUCGAUUUGGAGUCAGAAAAUCAAAUGACCCACUAUCUGGACGUUCAACUUAUCAAAUUUAUGAAGAUAAAUUGACUUAUUCAUUCAAUCCAAUAAAUGGAAGGCUGAUAAACUCUAGACAUAGAAGCAUAAGUGCUGAUAAUAUUGAUCCAAUUCCUACAAGCCCUACGUGUCAUCUUUCAUCACAAGAACCAUCAACCACUACUAAUUCACCCUCAUCAUGGAAUUCAGAAACGUCGAAACAACCUUCUCCACCAAAAUUUCCAGGAACAUCUGAUUCGUUAUCGAAGGAUAUGUUAAACAUUGUAGCCUCGAACAACCAAUUUGGAUUCAAGCUAUUUAAAGCAUUAAACAAAUUUCAUGGAAAUGAAAAUAUUCUCAUUUCUCCAUUAAGUUUAUUCUCGACAUUGGUUACCGUUUAUGCUGGUUCAUCUGCUUCAACCGAAGAUGAAAUGAUUUCUCUUUUACAAUUACGAACAAUGACUGAAGCUCAAAUACAAACUGCUUUUCGAGAUGUACUCCAUUCUUUGCUUAACGAUGUGGGCAAAAAGAACAGCCUGAAACUGCUAAAUGCCAUUUUCAUCGACAAAGAUUAUAAUGUAUCGACUUCAUAUGUUGACAAAGUCCGUACUUAUUACAAUGCAUAUCUGGAAAAGGUUGGAUUCUCUACUGAACCGACUUAUGUAGUGAAAUGGGCAAAUGAACUGGUAUCAUGGUGGACACAAGGAUUAAUUCCAAAUCUUUUAGAUUCAUUAGACCCGUUAACUCGAUUACUUUUGAUAAAUGUUAUCUACUUCAAAGGUGUCUGGUCAGCUCCAUUUAACCAAGCAUUAACAAAUGAACAAGCUGUUUUCCGAAAUUUUGAUCAAACAAAAUCUAUCAUUCCUAUGAUGAGAUCAAUAUCAUCAAUCAAUUAUCAUUGUGAUUAUGUUAAUGUUCAAGCUUGUGUUGUUGAAAAAUUAUACUCUGGUGGGUCCAUUAGUUUCUUGGUUAUUACACCAACAAAUGGAACUGAUUUAAAACCAUUGGAAGCCGCACUUGGAUCACAACUUAUGUACGAAUUAAUAAGUCAAUUGCAAGAAAAUACUGUUGAACUCGGAUUACCAAGAUUUAGUUUAUCUGGUUCAUAUGAUUUACUCAAACCAUUAGAAUAUCUUGGAAUGAAAGCUGCAUUUUCACCUAAAAAAGCUGAUCUCUCAAAAAUGGGAAACUCAAAAGAGUUAUUUGUGAAGGAAGCUAAGCAUAAAACUGUCCUCCAAGUCACAGAAGAAGGUACUCUUGCUGCUGGUGCUACUGUAGCAGAAAUCGGUACACGAAAACGAUCUCCAAGAAUAAUAAUUGAUCGACCAUUCAUCUUUUUAAUACGAGAUCUUAAGACUGAUGCUAUCUUAUUUCUUGGACGAGUUAAUUCACUUUAAAAGUGUCAUUAUAUAACUAACAUCUUUCAUUAUUCAUCCGCAUGUUACGAAAAUAUGAAAUAUAUUUUUUAGCAAAAAAGCAUUGAAUAUCAAAAAUAUUCAUACAAUAUCGAUUUAAAUUGUUAUACUAGUAACUAAUCUAUUGUAUUUCAAUUUAACUCAAUGAUUACGUUUCUUUCUAUCCCAAUGAUGCUUAUAAUUUCGGACAGAAACAAUAUAAAUUCAAUAUACAAUGCAAAUCGUUUUUCUAUACAAUUUACCUGGGAAAAUUGCAAGAGUUUGUAAACAAAAAGUAUCAAUAAACACUUGAUAAAACAUUCA